ACAACAAAACACAACACAACAAAUUGCACCACCAUGAGUGAUUCAGCAAUGGACAAAUUAAUAAAACUGACGCCCCGCACCCGAACACCCCUGUUAACUAUUUGGCUGGCCAUCAACAUGGCGCUAAUCGUACAGGAGACGGACCCCAGAAGGAGCGCCACAGUGCAAUCCGCAACUGGUGGCGGCAGCAUGUUGGGUGACGUAAACAUAUCCGCUAUACUCGACUCCUUUAGUGUUAGUUACGACAAAAGAGUAAGACCCAAUUAUGGUGGACCUCCUGUCGAAGUCGGAGUCACCAUGUAUGUGCUAUCAAUCAGCUCGCUCUCAGAAGUGAAAAUGGACUUUACAUUGGAUUUUUACUUUCGUCAAUUUUGGACCGAUCCUCGUUUAGCGUAUAGAAAACGACCUGGUGUAGAAACACUAUCGGUUGGAUCAGAAUUCAUAAAAAAUAUUUGGGUACCUGACACCUUUUUUGUAAAAUGAAAACAAUCAUAUUUUCACAUUGCAACAACCAGUAAUGAGUUCAUUCGAGUGCAUCAUUCUGGAUCGAUAACAAGAAGUAUUAGAUUGACUAUCACCGCAUCGUGUCCCAUGAAUCUGCAGUAUUUCCCAAUGGAUCGGCAACUGUGUCACAUCGAAAUCGAAAGCUUCGGAUACACGAUGCGUGACAUACGCUAUAAAUGGAAUGAAGGCCCUAACUCGGUUGGUGUCUCGAGUGAGGUAUCGCUGCCCCAAUUUAAGGUCUUGGGUCAUCGUCAAAGAGCCAUGGAGAUCAGUCUUACCACAGGCAACUAUUCGCGUUUAGCCUGCGAAAUACAAUUCGUGCGCUCGAUGGGCUAUUAUCUUAUACAAAUCUACAUACCCUCUGGACUGAUCGUUAUUAUAUCAUGGGUAUCAUUUUGGCUCAAUCGCAAUGCAACGCCGGCGCGUGUGGCGCUCGGUGUGACAACCGUGUUGACAAUGACCACAUUGAUGUCGUCAACAAAUGCAGCGCUGCCAAAGAUUUCAUACGUCAAAUCGAUUGACGUCUAUCUGGGAACAUGCUUCGUUAUGGUCUUUGCCAGUCUACUGGAAUACGCCACCGUCGGCUAUAUGGCAAAACGAAUUCAAAUGCGAAAACAAAGAUUUAUGGCGAUCCAAAAGAUAGCUGAGCAGAAAAAGCAACAGCUCGAUGGUGUGCAGCAGCAGGCCAAUCCGAAUCCGAAUGUCGGAGGCGGACCCGGUCCUGAGCAUGGACAUGGGCAUGGUCAUCAUGCCCACAGCCAUGGUCAUCCGCAUGCGCCCAAACAAACAGUGAGAUUCAAGGUCCACGACCCCAAGGCACACUCCAAAGGUGGGACCCUGGAGAAUACGGUAAAUGGCGGCCGUGGCGGACCCCAGUCCCAUGGACCAGGACCAGCACCAGGCGGUGGCCCAGGUGGUCCACCCGGUGUCGGUGGUGGUGGUGGCGGUCCGCCAGUUGCUGGCGGCGAUCCAGAGGCAGCAGUGCCCGCACACCUUAUGCAUCCGGGCAAAGUAAAAAAGGAUAUUAACAAGCUGCUGGGCAUAACACCCUCGGAUAUUGACAAAUACUCGCGCAUUGUGUUUCCCGUGUGCUUUGUCUGCUUCAAUCUGAUGUACUGGAUAAUCUAUCUGCACGUCAGCGAUGUCGUCGCCGAUGAUCUUGUCCUGCUGGGGGAGGAAUAAGUCUGGACGAGGCAACGGCUGUGGAGGCUGACGACAAGCGAGAGAACAGCGCACAAGAGAGUCAAACUGUGCAGGGCGCUGAAAAACAAAAAAAGAAAAAAAAAACAUAAAAAAAAAAAAUAACCAAAACUAAUUUUAACUAGCGAUAUGAAAAUGCAAAGGCAACAUAUUAUUGUUAAAUACUAAUUGAAAAUAAAAAAAAGAAACACAAAGACACACAUAUUAAAGACGAGAGCAAAGAGGAAUAUUGUUAAAUAGAUUUACGCAAAAAAUACAUAGCAUAAAUAAGAAGGAGAAGGAUUUGGAGAAGAAGAAUAAGCAACACGAUGAAUAAUCAAAAGCAGCAGUAUAGCAAAUAGUAGAGUAUAAAGAGGUUAUAAGGGGAAGACGAAGCAAAUUAAAACAUAUGUUAAAAAAAAAACAUUAAAGAAGAUAACGCAACA